AAGAGCUUCAAGUUUUUUUCUGCUCUUAUCUCUGAGCUUUCUUACAUGCAGCCCUUUGUGUCACUGGGGAAUGUAGAAUACAAAGAGAAUGACUGAGAAAAUUGAUACAGAGAGAGAACGACAAAGCCGGGAAAAAAACCACACUUUCAACUACCUGAAAAGGGGGAGGUACCUGAUCUGUCAGCACGGCAAAAAAGGUUGGGGAGAAAGAGAGAGAGGAGUGACUGAAAGGGUGUGUUUCUGUGUGGGUGAGAGACAGAGAGAGGGAGGAGGGGUAGAGAGAGAGAGAGACAGAGAGACAGAGAGAGCGAGAGAGAGAGACUUUCAGAUCUUGGCUGUGGUAGGGACACCCAGGAGAAGUGCAUUCCUGAGGCAGCAAGCGAGGAGAAGGCAGUAAGAGAGCGGAGAAGUCGCGGCAUCCUUUAAAUCUCUCCGUGACCACGUCCGACUGCCUCUGACCUCCGGACUCUGGACUCGCACACACACUCACUCACUGCCUCGCACACAAGCCACAAAACCGGCUCCGCUACUCUGUCAGAAGUCAAGGAUUCCCCCGAGUGAGGAAAAGGGAAGGAGAGAAUUAGAACUGACAGAGGUGAGGAAAUAAAGACACAGAAGAGAAGGCGAAGAUCCUCCCACUCGAGUCCGUGCCAUGCAGUGUUGAGUUGAGUCAAGCCGAGCUGAAGUGAUCUGUUUUGAAGACCGUCUUACCCUUCGCCCCGUCUCACCUGGUCCCAGAUGGAGCUCAAAGUGUGGGUGGACGGAGUGGUGCGGGUGGUGUGCGGCCUGUCUGAGGAGACAUCCUGCCAGGAUGUAGUCAUCGCUCUGGCCCAGGCCAUUGGUCAGACAGGCCGCUAUGUUCUGAUCCAGCGUCUUAGGGAUACAGAGAGGCAGCUGUUGGCUACAGAGAAGCCUCUGGAGUCUCUGGCUAAGUUAGGCCAACAUGGCGCCGAAGUUCAGUUCUUCCUGCGCCGUACUGGCCCAAGCAGCAGUGACGGACCCAGCUCGAAACAGGACAGACCAACUUCACCCCAACUGCCCAAGCAUCCUGAGCCAGAGCCUUUGAAACGCAGCCAGCCUAAGAAAGCACUCACCUUUAACCUGGGGCCAUCCACCUCUCCGAAUACCAAAGCCAAACAGUUUAAGAAGUCUCCUCGGGACUCUCCAGAGCAAAGAGCCUCCCCUUCUCCCAGCCCUGUAUCCCCUCAUAUUCCAUCCCCAUCCCCAUCCCCAGCACUACCUAUAGGCCCAUCCAAAGAGGAGGUUUUUAGGAAGGUUCUUCAGCAACAGGAGCGGCUGAGGGCUAUGGAGGCCCAGCUAGAAGCCCUAGAGAGGGAGUCACACACAUGGGAGCGUCCCAGCCCAUCUCCAUGUCCUUCACCAGUUUCUGACACUCACUUGAAAGAAGAGAUGGACUCUCUGGAGCAAGCGGCGCGGAGGAACCAGGCCGAGCUCGCCCAUGAACAGUAUUGGGAGGAGGAGCUUAAGGCAGAGGUGGAGAGGGAGCGAGGAAUGAGGAGGAAGCUCGGGGAGCUCCACGCCAAGCUCGACGACUGCGGACGGCGGCUCCACAAGUUCUCCGUUCGCGCUGCUCAGCUGGAGCAAGAGAUCCAGCGGGAAAGCCAGACGGAAGGGAAAGCCAACAGACCCGAGGAAUCCCUCGACGCCGUGAAGGCAGAGCUCCAGAGUCGGGAGAAUCACGGGACAGAGCUGGAGGAGCAGCUUUCUGAGACUGACAAGGCUCUGGGGAAGGCAGAGUCUCUGAUGCAGGCCAAACAGGAGGAGCUGGAGGAGUUGAAUAAGGAGCUGAGGCAGUGUAACCUGCAGCAGUUUAUUCAACAGACAGGUGUCCUGCCAGCGCACACUCACUCACGCACCGAGCUUCAGGAGCAACUGGAGCAGUUAGAACUGGCACAUCUUCUGCAGGAUGGAUACAGUAAUGGAAGCCACAGUGUAAGUCAAGUGGAAUCGCCACCUCGGCCCACUGCCAAACAGUUCCUGGGACAUCCACGCAACCUGCAAAACCCUCUGGUGUCCAGUCUCAACCCUGAGGUCCUGACAUCCCGAGAGUCGUCAUGGAGAUAAAACAAGGACCGCAGGGCCAAAGGAAAAGUUGUUCACUGUUCUGUCACCGUCACAUCUUAUUUAACCCCUUUCUUUGUAACUCAUUAUUUAAUCGACCAUGAUAUACAUACUGUAUAUACAUAAGACAAAUAUAUUUACAGAGUUUUGCUACUGUAAACACUGCAAAGUAUCUCUAUGAAAUGUAAAAUAAUUUAGAAACCUUUUACCUAGAGCAAUUAUUACCAUUACUGUGUAUUUAAAUAUAAUAAAAAUGUGCAUUGUGUUUUAGAUAA